AUGUGUCUGUCUUUUAUAUCUAUAUAUUAUCACUAUUUUUAUUCUCUCUAUCACACUUUUUGUUUCUCUCUCUGUUUAUUAUUCUCUCUUUUUCUCACGCUUUCUUUUUCACUCACACUCCCCCUCUCUCUCUCUCUCUCUCUCUCUCUCUCUUUCUCUCUCACUCUAUCUAUCAUUUUACAUCUAUAUAUUCUCCGAUCUCUCUUUCUCUCGCACCUCUCUUUUUUUAUUCCCUGUCUCUUUGUCUAUCUUUUAUUUUUACAUCUCUCAUUUUCUCUAUAUCUCUUACACACUCUCUGUUUCUCACACACACACUUUUUUAUCUAUCUAUCUAUCUAUAUAUAUAUAUAUAUAUAUAUAUAUAUAUAUAUAUAUAUAUAUAUAUAUAUAUAUAUAUUUUAUUUUAUAUCAAUAUGCUCCCUCGAUCUCUCUCAUCCUUAUUCUUCCCUCUCUUUCUUUCUUUCUUUCUUUCUUUCUUUCUUUCUUUCUCUCUCUCUCUCUCUCUCUCUCUCUCUCUCUCUCUCUCUUUCUCUGUUAGAUUUAUCUGUAACCAUGGAAACGUGA